UAGCAGGAGGCCGAGUCGAGCGGGGGGCUUUGUGCAGCAAGCCUCGCACGUGAGGGGUGGAACAUCUCAUUCACUUGAGCCGAGAUCUGCCAGCGAGGGACUGCGCUCAUGGGCAGGCAGCUUGCUUUCAUGCGCACACGUUUCGGAACGCUCAGCUACUUCAUGCCGACGGCGAGCGCUCUUGUGGUCUCGAGUCCGCAACUGAAGCCUCUGUUAUCGGCAUCCCUCGCCGGCCACCGCUCGCCCAGUCGCCGGCCCCCAGCAGCCCAGCGCACAGUGCGACCCGGCACGACACAGCACGGCACGCGGCGUCCCACGGCACAGCACAACACCGCCACUGAACAUAGGUUUGUUCCAUUGCAGAGUUCUUGCCAGUCGCCGCCCCCUGAAGCUUCUUGAGAACCGCCAUGGCCCCCGCUGCGCUACGUCUGGCUGUGGCCCUAGCAGCGCUGUACUGCGCAUGCGCCAGCCCCACCGACGCCUCCGCCACCGCCACCACCGUGCCGCCGUACGUGAAGCAGUGCCGUGAGGACGAUCCGCACCUGACGCAGUGCUUCAUCGCAGCUCUGCACCACGUACGCCCCUUCAUUGCAAAAGGCAUCCCGGAGAUCGAGCUGCCGCCCGUGGAGCCGUUCCGGCUGGAGGAGCUGUCGCUGGCGCUGUCGUCGGGGCCCGGCGGGUACCGCGUGACGCUGCGCGACCUCGACAUCUUCGGCGCGUCCAACUUCACGGUGCAGCGGCUGGCGCUGGGCGGCGCGGGCAAGCCCUUCGAGGCGCGCAUCCUCAUCCCGCAGCUGGCCAUCGACGCCAAGUACAGCAGCAGCGGCGUGCUCAUCAUCCUGCCCGCCAGCGGCAACGGCACCUUCCACGCCACCCUCGGUGACGUGAACGCGCUGCUGCGCGGACGGGCAGUGGUGGAAGAGCGCCAGGGCGACGACGGCGCCGCCGGCCGCUUUCUGCGCGUGCAGUCGCUGGCGCUGGACCUCGCCAUCAAGACGGUGCGCAUGCGCGUGCGCAAGGCCUUCAACAACAACCGCAUCCUCACGGAAGCCACCAACCUGUUCCUGCGCGAGAACGGGCACGAGGUGGUGAAGGCCAUGAUGCCGCAGCUGCGCGGGAAGCUGGCAGACGUCUUCCAGCAAAUCGCCAACGGGCUACUGGCGCACGUGCCCAUCGACCUCAUCCUGCUGCCCGCCGCCGACCCCGCGCCCGCCGCCUAGGGCACCAACCUGGACGGGGCACCAACCUGGACGGGGCACCAACCUGGACGGGGCACCAACCUGGACGGGGCACCAACCUGGACCUCGAACAAAAAAGCGUCACGUCAUCUCGCAUUCAGCUGCUGGUUCAACUGCACUUCGCUGCGCUGAGGUGUCGAUCAGGUGUCUCGCUAGUUGGAUGAAGAGUGUGAAAAGUUCUGAACAUAACGUGCCAUCGAUGCAAACGCGUUGGUAAACUUGCUCUUCUCCUAUCGGAUGGGACAUUUUAAACUUUUUUUACAGAGAUAGGUGUAUUUUAUGAAUUUUGUCUUUCGUUUAGUAUGAUUGUGUAUAAAUGUAGAUUCCCAUGUCAAAAUAUUGCCAUGUCUGUCAGAGCUUAAGACAGUAUAAGUAGGUUCACUAUUGUAGAUGGUUGUUAGAAUGAUUUUACUUGUGUAGAUAACCAAUUUUAUUUUUUGUAAAGUUAGUCGAUGUGAACUUGACAUACCAUUACAAAGGACAGUUUUCUAAAAACCUUCAAUAAAUAUAAAAAAUUCUUAUCUACAUUUCUAACAUUUCUUGAAAGUAGGGCAAAACUCAUGAGAAGAGAGAUACGCACGUUCAUUGAAUUUUCAGUAAUAGAUGUUCCAACCGAACAUGUUUAUUUUGAAAAUCAAUCUCACUUACAUUUUAAAAUAAAUAUUAACGAUUCACAACGAAUUAAAAUUAUAUUGAAAGUGAAAUGUUUAUAUCUGAAAACCUACCGUGAAUUUCUAAUAUUCGUCUCGACUGGUGGCCAAAGUUAGCCUCAGAGCAGCAAUAUUAUAUAAAUGACGCGAGUUUUUAUUUCUUUAUUCUGAAACUCUUGUUCUAAUGCAAGAUCUUCACAAGCAGUGUGGGUCUGUCAUUUUCGGACUUAUAAGUUUUAAUCUUGAUUCAACGUAUGCUUUUUUGUUUGAACCUGCAAAUUAAUUUUUAAAUUAAUAUUCCCUGCUACUUAAAAAAACGUGUUUUUCUGAAUCACGGGGUUUGGCAAGCCGCCAUUUGCCUUGUAAUCUUGUUAUAUAACAACCGAUCACAAUUCAUCCCUAAAUUCUUAUAAUAGUUCAAACGUCUUAACUUAGAAGGAUUCUGCUUCGGUUCUUGAAACUACAUGUUUGAGCGUUCUGCAGCAGGUGUUAUGAUCCUCACUACAUGACCUUCAGACAAAUGCUGACACCUUUUCGGGCCUUGCUAUUCAACUUAUCAACUCUUCCUUACAGUACAGAGAAAGUAUUUCUUUCAUUCCUGUUGGGCAUAGUAAUUGCAAUAAAAACUUAAAAUCCUUGGCGAAAAUGGUUACAAUCUGUGCUAGUUCCGCUUUGUCGUCCUUGAGAUAAUGCUUAAAAGGGAAGGCAAUGCUAUACCUAUUAUGAAUUGUAUUGUGGUUGCAAUGGCGGUCGGGUACCUCAAAAUGGCGAAUGACCUCCAUUGUCUUUCUAGUUAAUGAUCUCUAUUAAAAGAAGAAACAUAGUUACGUUCACGGACAUUGCAAAUAAGGAACUGUCAACACUGGCGUUUGGAACUGGUAGUGGUGAAUCGCCUACGUGAUUAACAUCUUUAUAUCACAUACACCAAACUAAGGGAAUUCCUGAUAUUCUUGUUAAGCGGCCCGCGCAUUACUGCUGCUCUUAUCGGUUUCAGUAUGAAAGUUGGCAAAAUGACAAGACGAAUAUUAAGAAGAACUCGUUUAAGAUUAUCGCCUAAUUUACUCUGGCAUAUCGAGUAAGAUGACUCAUUGUGUAUUAUUUUUAGCAAGUUGUCCUAGUCUUUGAAGAGGUGUAUUGGUACUAGACUGGGAAGUAGGGCAACGCGGCAAUGAUAAAGCCGUGGUCCAUUUGUUAGAUUGUUCAAUAAAGAGACAAAAGCCCCAAAUUGUGAUCUUUGAUUCCAUUGCACCUACUUUCAUUACCAUAAAAUGAAUCUUCC